CGCUUCAUGUCCCUUCUCCCUUUGCCUUUCUCCGACUGAAGCCUCUGGAAAGGACACAUGCCAAGUUACGCUGCGCUCCCGAUAAGAACCAGGUCGUAGCGUGUUCUUUCUAACGUCAAGACGACAACAACAUCCAAUCAGUUUUACUUUUUCACCUGAGCAGGAGAGGGGGGAAAGUGAGUGAAGCGGCGCAUUCCUGGACGUGGUCGGCUCCAUAUUUCUCACCUGAAGUGUCCCUUGACUAACAUCGCGGGGAAAAAGGCGUUUGACGAACUUCCAGACUUCAAGAGCGGUGCCUCGGGCGAAGAAGAGCCCCUGUUUGAAGCCGAGAGACGGACAUUAACGCAUUGAGAAGUGGUAGAUACCGCGGCAUCCACCAUGGAGGUCUACGCUACUCAGAGGAAACUUACUUUGCUCGUCUUCGCCUUCUGCUGCGGGCUCCCAGGUCUCUGGGCGGAGAUCGUGUUGCCUCAGACCAAUGUGGACGUGAUCAAGGGACAGACUGCAGUUCUGCGGGCCUCGUACAAGGGCCCCCCAGGCACUGACCCCAGCACCAACACCGUCAUCUGGAACUUUGUCUCAGAUAACACACAGCUGAUCAUCUCCUACACGAAGAACUCGGUGAACGUGGGCAGUUCUCAGUUCACAGACCGAGUGGGCUUCACUGACCCAAACCCAGUGUCCAACAUCUCUCUUUACAUAAACAACACUCAGGAGUCGGACUCGGGAAAGUACCUGUGUCAGGUGAUCUUUACCCAGAGCCCCGGCUUCACCGCUCAACUCAGCCUUGAUGUUAAAGUCCCUCCCGCUGUUCCAAAGUGUUCCAUGUCCGGUAAACCUGUGGCUAAAGGGAACGUGACGCUGAGCUGUACGUCCAGUGCUGGGAAGCCCAUCCCUGUUUACAAGUGGAAGAAGACCAGCCCUGUGUCCGAGGUCUUCUUCAGUCCUAUGCUCGAUGAGAGGACUGGCACACUGAAGCUGGCCAACUUGAGCUCCAGUAUGUCGGGGAAAUAUGUGUGUACAGCCAGUAACACAGCCGGGUCUGAGAGCUGCUUCAUCAACCUGGAGGUCAUCUCGUCGACUAACGUGGGCAUGAUCGUUGGAGCUGUGGUGGGCUCUGUGGUGGGCUUCCUGUUCCUGCUGCUCCUGUGUAUCCUUUAUCUACUGAAGAAAAGACGGGACAAUGAAGAUGACAUGGCCAAUGAGAUCAAAGAGGACGCUCAGGCCCCUAAACGCGUCUCGUGGGCCAAGAGCAACAUGGGCUCCGACAUCAUCUCCAAAAACGGCACUCUGUCCUCCAUCGCCUCCAGCCCGCGCCACCAUCAGCCCUCCCACCAUCACCAUGACAACCACCACCACAACAACCAUCACCAUCCGCACCAGCAACUACAGCAGUACCCCCAGAGAGCCGCCUCGGACACCGCCUCCAUCGUCACGGCGACAGGCAGCAUGGCGGGCUACAGACCCUCCCGGCAACACGGAUCCUCCACCCCGACCCCCACUCACUACGGUUACAACUACAACGCGAGCACCCUCCCGAUCGGUCAGGCCUCCGAAGUACAACCAGAACGCUCCGGUCAUCUACCCCAAGCCCAAGCGGUGCCCCAAACGUACGCCCAGCAUACCCGGGCACCCUCCCCACCGCCCCUGCCCACGUCUACGGUCACCCACGCCAACAUCGCGCGCAUGGGAGGAGUGCCAAUCAUGGUGCCUGCGCAAAACCAGGCAGGAUCGCUGGUCUAACAGCAGCACUUAUAUGUAUCAGCCCAAUGAACAGAUGGUGACGUUUCAUACAUUGAUAUUCACUGAACUCGCUUAAUUUUGUGCCAAGACAUGAUGUUGGCAACAGGACUGCUGUAGGUAGGAUCCAUAUGCACUGUACACAUGUGCUAGCUUCCAUACUUCUGUCAGAUUUGUUUUUUGUAGUGUUUUUUACAUAUAGGUUAAGUUAGGUGAAGUUGGAGCCUACUAAUGUUUGUUAAAUUUGUUUUGAUUCCAAGUAAUACUAUGGUAAGUAUUGAGAUAGGGAUUUGAUACUGAUACCAAUGGGUUUUGUAUGAAUGGACGUUGAAACCUUGGCAUUAAUAACUUUGCUCCACUUGAGUUUGAACUGAUCUAAUGUGCAGAUAAACUAUAGUCUUAUCUGCGUAAGAAUUUACAAACUGACUAAAAAUGGAAGUAUCAUGAGAACUGAACUUUUCCAGACCUUAUACCAUAAUAUAUGUGUUAGCAUCAAAUAUAUAAAUAUUUGGUAUCAAUCCAUCACUAGAGCCUGUGGCAAUAAAAAAAAAAACAGUUGAAUGUCCUUCAGAAUAUUCUCUUGGGCUCAGUAAGUGAAAACAAAUAUAAGAUUUAAAUAAAGCAAGAUAAUCCCAGUGAGCCAUUCGACAGUUUCAUUACAAUCAUGAGCUACAACAGAUAAACAGCAGAAUGUACCAGUAAUGAGCCAUAAAAGGGACUUAUUCUCCCCUCCACAGCUCUAAUUUUAUCAUAUUACAACAAAAAUACCCCAAAUCUCCUGCGCUGGCAAAGAAAAAGAACUCAUGAUAAAGAUUGAACACAAACAUUUUUACUGUAUUUUCCAGACUAUAAAUCGCACUUUUUUCAUAGUUUGGCUGAUUUAUACUCGACUUAUAUGUGAAAUUAUUAAAAUAUAUAAUUUCACAUCUUCAUUAUUGUCACACUGAUAACCGCACGAGGGCACUCUAGGCUUGUACCAGUAUGACAGCCACGCAGAAGUGGCACUUUAUCUACUUCCAGAGGUGACGGAGUUCAGAAGCGACACAGAGGAUGAAGAAUUCAUAGGAUUUAGUGAUUAGGAGUGAGAUCAAGAGUAAACUUGUUAGCUUGUUUUUUAUGGUUUAGUUAUCUGAUUAACUAUUAAUAUCUUACCUUAACAUACCAGACACUUAUUCAGUUCACUGUGUUACAUUAGCGUGCUCUUCAGCCUGUUGUUCUCUAUGCUAUUCUUUUUUUUGGGCUGGUGCAACUUAUACUCUGAAGCAACUUAUAGUCUGGAAAGUACGAGUUCCAUCUUUCAUGUACUGAACAAGAAGUCGAUAUAGUGACAAUCGAGACAGGCCUAUGUCUGAUCGUAGAGAACGUCCUUCAUGACACAAAACACUGGCUGUUCUAACCAUUACUUUUUGAGAUUUAUUUAUGAGAUUAUUAAUUUGCAGUUGAAAGAAAUGCGAAAAUGAAAUAUUUAAGGCCAAGCACCACUGUAAACACAGUCUGUGAUUACACUCCUGUUAUGUUCCUUUACUGCCCCCUGUGGCUGACUUUAAAAGUGUCUGGACAUUUCUGUUGAUGUAGAAAUAUUUCAAACUAUAUUUCUUAUUAAAAGUGACAUUUUGUUUUAAACACAGUAUUGGCCUGUGAUGAUAAAAAGGGUCCAACCAAAUCCUAUUUAUAAUGAAACAGCUGGUUGAAGAUGUUGAGAUGUUUUAAAGACUGGAUUUCUGUGUAUUUAUGUAGAAUUAUAUUAAUAUUCAUACUGUAGGCUUUGAUGGCGCUGUGUACAAUGUUCCACAUUAGCUUCACGAUCAUAUCCACAUACAGAUUUUUAUGUAUUUUUAAGUCGUUUUGGUUUAUCACUUUUGCAUUAUCUGUGUAUAUAUGUUGAAUUUCUCAAAGUGGAACAGAUUUACCACAGUUCUGCUACAGUCUGUGGGUUUUUUAAUUGUUUUUUUUCUGCCUAAACACUGGAACCAAAGAUAUUAUGUUAAAUGUUUUUUGUUUUAUUUUGCUUCUGUUUGUCUGAUUAUAAUGAUUAUUCACUGCCAUCACAUUCUCUCUCUUAGACUGUUACAAAUCAACAUGAGGAAAUACUUUCAAAAGUCAACGUGCCUAUUUUUAAACUUCAAAUUAUUGUUCAAAGAUAUGUCUUGUGUUUUUCUAUGUGAAAUACUACUUAAUGGGUUAACUUGUAUUAGCCAACAGUUUGCUGUUUUAAAGAAGCGGGGAAGGAUGCUAUACAGUUUAAAAAUCACAUUGUCAACGAUUUAUAUGGACUAAAAUAAAAUCCAAACAUAUGACAGAAAUUAUG